UAAUACCCCCUUACACCCUACAAUCCUUUGAUGUCUGACCACAAUGAGCCAUAAAAACCUAGAUUUGUAAUUAAAAAACCACAGUAAGAAUCUGCCGUGAAAUGUUGCUAUCAGUGUCUCUACUGCUGUUGGUGCUGACAGCCACACUCUCUGAAGGUGAAGCCAGGGCCUACACCAACAGCUGGGCAGUGGCAGUGGAGGGAGGAGCAGAAGCUGCUGACCAGCUUGCUGCAAAAUAUGGCUUUACCAACUUAGGCCUGGUGAGCCCAGAUCUCCUCAAGGACAUGUACCACUUUGUGAUGCCUGAGCACACUUUGCUUGGGAAGAGAAGCCUCAGUGGUCUGCCAGUCUACCAUCUCAGUCAGGCUCUGGAGAGUGAGAGCAAUGUUGGAUAUGUGAAGCAGCAAGAGUUGAAGAAGAUGGUCAAGAAGGGAUACUCUGUGCCCAGUGACCCACAAUGGAACAAUCAAUGGCAAUUGUUGAACAAUGGCCAGCUGCCUGCAGCGUCUGGCGGCAGGGACUUGAAUGUGGAGAGGGCGUGGCUACAGGGGAUAACAGGAUGUGGCAGUGUGGUAGCCAUUGUGGAUGACGGGGUGGAGUACACUCACUCUGAUCUGAGAGUAAACUAUGACUCCUCCAUUCAAGCUGAUGUGGUGGAUAGUGACGGCAAUCCUUUCCCAAUCAUCGAUAGCAAUGGGGCUCGGGAGUCUCACGGGACUAACUGUGCAGGAGAGAUUGCCAUGGCAAAGAGCAACUCACACUGUGGAGUGGGAGUAGCCUACAACAGUCAGAUCACAGCCAUACGGUUGCUAGGACUAGGACAGACUGAUAUCACAGAGGCUAGUGCACUCGGUCACAUGACAGACAAGAUUCAGAUAUCCAGUAAUAGCUGGGGACCUUUUGACGACGGUAGAGUUGGUGAACAACCUGGAGAACUGCUCUCUCAAGUACUCGAGACAGCAGCAAGAACUGGUCGCCAGGGCAAAGGAACCAUUUUCUUGUUUGCUGCCGGUAAUGGUGGAGAUGUGGGAGACUCAUGUGCUGCUGAUGGCUAUUCCAGUAGUAUCUACACUAUCGGGAUAGGAGCUGCUAAUAGCAAUGGAGAACAGACGCCGUACGAUGAGCAGUGUGCUGGGAAGAUGGCCAUGACAUUUGUUGAUAGCACUAGUCAAGAGCUACUUGUGACAACUACAAGUGUUGAGGACACUUGCAUCAGCAACUUUGAUGGUACCAGUGCUGCGACACCCCUGGCUUCUGGAAUAGUUGCACUUAUGUUGGAAGCAAAUGAUGACCUGACCUGGCGGGACGUACAGUAUCUAAUUGCAUACACUUCCAAUCGUGACAUCCUAGUCAACGGGGACUGGUUUACAAAUGGUGCCACUCCAUCGCUGAGGGUCAGUCACAAGUUUGGAUUUGGUGCUCUAGACGCAGAGGCACUAGUUACUCGUGCCCGGAACUGGAUCAGCGUGCCCGAACAACAGAAUGACACUAUUGUACCUUCAACUAGCACAGGAUUGGUGCCUGGACCUAAUGAUCCGUUUGUUGUUUCACAAAUGUACUCAUCGGACAUUGGUUUUCUUGAGCAUGUUGUUGUGGAACUCACUCUCUCCUUCCCCGAUGUCUUUAACUAUUAUUACUACGAUUAUUAUGACACAACAGAGUCAUUAGACAAUGGCGCAUAUCGAGGCAAUAUUCAAGUGGAGCUUAGUUCUCCCUCAGGAACCAACUCAAUCAUUCUGCCAUAUCGACUUCCCGAUGUUACGUCUAAUACUUACUCUAAUUUCCGGUUUUCAUCUGUCCAUUUUUGGGGAGAAAAUCCAAAUGGAGUAUGGAAUCUAACUGUACUGAAUAGAAACAAUUUUGAAAAUGCUACUGUUGAAGUGACCGUCCAUGGUAUAACAUUUUACGGUACUGACAACACGCCCGAAGCUGUCAGUCGAAUCCCCACUCAGUGCCACGAGAGCUGUGACUCCAACAGAGGCUGUGCAGCGUCGGGAGCUCAGUAUUGCGAUGCUUGUGCCAAUCUACGUAAUGCUAUGACACGGGAGUGUAUCGAUUCUUGCCCUCAGAACUUCAUUCAACGAAAUGGUUAUUGCUACGGUGACAAUAUUCCGGAAGUGGCGUGUGUGCUAGACGGUACUGUUGUCCUCAGUUCGUUCACCAUGCUGACUAUCUUCAUGGGACUCCUCUCUCUGUGGUUGGGUUCUAUUUAUUACUUUUGUGGCAACAGAUACCAAGUACAAAAAUCUGGUGACAUGUUGCAAGCAGUGUUUCUGAUGUUGGUGCUAAUAGCCACACUCUCUGGAGGUGAAGCCAGGGCCUACACCAACAGCUGGGCAGUGGCAGUGGAGGGAGGAGCAGAAGCUGCUGACCAGCUUGCUGCAAAGCAUGGCUUUACCAACUUAGGCAUGGUGAGCCCAGAUCUCCUCAAGGACGUGUACCACUUUGUGAUGCCUGAGCACACUUUGCUUGGGAAGAGAAGCCUCAGUGGUCUGCCAGUCUACCAUCUCAGUCAGGCUCUGGAGAGUGAGAGCAACGUUGGAUAUGUGAAGCAGCAAGAGCUGAAGAAGAUGGUCAAGAAGGGAUACUCUGUGCCCAGUGACCCACAAUGGAACACUCAAUGGCAACUGUUGAACAAUGGCCAGCUUCCUGCAGCGUCUGGUGGCAGGGACUUGAAUGUGGAGAGGGCGUGGCUACAGGGGAUAACAGGAUGUGGCAGUGUGGUAGCCAUUGUGGAUGAUGGGGUGGAGUACACUCACUCUGAUCUGAGAGCAAACUAUGACUCCUCCAUUCAAACUGAUGUGGCGGAUAAUGACGGUGAUCCUUUCCCAAUCGUCGAUAGCAAUGGGGCUAGGGAGUCUCACGGGACUCGGUGUGCGGGAGAGAUUGCCAUGGCAAAGAGCAACUCACACUGUGGAGUGGGAGUAGCCUACAACAGUCAGAUCACAGGCGUACGGUUGCUAGGACAAAGUGAUACUACUGACAUCACAGAGGCUAGUGCACUCGGUCACAUGACAGACAAGAUUCAGAUAUCCAGCAACAGUUGGGGACCAUCUGAUGACGGUAGAGUUAGUGAACAACCUGGAGAAAUGCUCUCUCAAGUACUCGAGACAGCAGCAAGAACUGGUCGUCAGGGUAAAGGAACCAUUUUUGUGUUUGCUGCCGGUAAUGGUGGAGAGAUGGGAGACUCAUGUGCUGCUGAUGGCUAUUCCAGCAGUAUCUACACUAUUGGAAUAGGAGCUGCUAAUAGCAAUGGAGAACAAACGCCGUACGAUGAGCAGUGUGCUGGGAAGAUGGCCAUGGCAUUUGUUGAUAGCACUAGUCGAUUCCAACGUGUGACAACUACAAGUGUUGAGGAUACUUGUAUCAACAACUUUUUUGGUACUAGUGCUGCAGUACCCCUGGCUUCUGGAAUAGUUGCACUCAUGUUGGAAGCAAAUGAUGACCUGACGUGGCGGGACGUACAGUAUCUAAUUGCAUACACCUCCAAUCGUGACAUCCUAGUCAAUGGGGACUGGUUUACAAAUGGUGCCACUCCAUCGCUGAGGGUCAGUCACAAGUUUGGAUUCGGUGCUCUAGAUGCAGAGGCACUAGUUAGUCGUGCCCGGAACUGGAUCAGCGUGCCCGAACAACAGAUUCACACUACUGUACCUUCAACUAGCACAGGAUCGGUGCCUGGACCUAAUGAUCCGUUAGUUGUUUCACAAAUGUACUCAUCGGACAUCGGUUUUCUCGAGCAUGUUGUGGUGGAACUCACUCUCUCCUUCCCCGAUGUUUUAUACUAUUAUUACUACUAUGAUGACGACACAACAGAGAACUCAGGCGAUGGUGCGUAUCGAGGCAAUAUUCAAGUGGAGCUCACUUCUCCCUCUGGAACCAACUCAAUCAUUCUGCCAUAUCGACUUUUCGAUGUUACGUCGGAUACUUACUCUAAUUUCCGAUUUUCAUCCGUUCAUUUCUGGGGAGAAAACUCGAAUGGAGUAUGGAAUCUAACUGUACUAAAUAGAAACAACUUUGAACAUGCUACUGUUGAAGUGACCAUCCAUGGUAUAACAUUUUACGGUACUGACAACAUGCCCGAAGCUGUCAGUCGAAUCCCCACUCAGUGCCACGAGAGCUGUGACCCCAACAAAGGCUGUACAGCGUCAGGGGCUCAGUAUUGCGAUGCUUGUGCCAAUCUACGUAAUGCUAUGACACGGGAGUGUAUCGAUUCUUGCCCUCAGAAUUUUAUAGAACGAAACAACUAUUGCUACGAUGACAACAUUCCGGAAGAGGCGUGUAUGCUUAACGCCUCGGCCUCAACAACAGCUGCACCGUCAAGCACACAGGCCUCAACAACAGCUGCAUCGUCAAGCACACAAGCCUCAACAACAGCUGCACCGUCAAGCACACAGGCCUCAACAACAGUUGAACCGUCAAGCACACAGGCCUCAACAACAGCUGCACCGUCAAGCACACAGGCCUCAACAACAGCUGCACCGUCAAGCACACACGCCUCAACAACAGCAGAUGCAGCUGUUGUCCUCAGUUCAUUCACCAUGCUGACUAUCUUCAUGGGACUCCUCUCUCUGUGGUUGGGUUCUAUGUAGCAAGUUUGCAGAAAGUUCCAGUAUUAUAAUAAUGAACGUUGUAGCCUUAUAAUUUACAAUUUUUUAGCAUCCAUGUAGACUGUGUUUACAUUAGCAGAACUGUUGUCAGAAUGAGUAGGAGUCUUCAUUAUUUUGUCAGGAAUUAGUUUCCUGCACAAAAGAAUGUUUAACAUGACAGUAACAAUUUAACUAGAUCU